AUGGCGUCUGAGUCGACUACUGGGGCCGUACUCAACGGCGAAAGGCCCCUAGGGUCCAACGAAGUACGAACUGCCCGUACUACUUACGAUAAGCGAGAUCUUCGAGUGGAUCGAUUGGAGGCAUUCUUGACUGUUCCCGUUGGCACCAUCAUCGCCUCAGACAUUGACCCUAAGGAUAUUCCGGCGGCUCACAUAGCGCGGAUUGACACUGAACUUGCGAGCAUCCUUCCUAAUCUUCCUUAA